AUGCUUUGUAAGCUGGCUCUAUGAACUGCAGGGUCACAAACCUCUCCAGUGCUUUUAGGCUAUUAAAAAUGCAGAAUAAGCGAUAAAGUAAAUGAAUACAUUCUACUUAGUUAUUGGAUCUGUAGCGUGGGCGGUUAAUGAGGGGAUGGAAGUGAGGGGUUGAGGAGAUGGGAGUUUGAUGAUAAGAAGAUAGAAGCCGAUCUAAUCAUCAUUACUGUAAUCAUUAAUAAUAAAAAUUUUAAGAAUAAUUCUGGAAUUGGAUAUUCUUAAACGUACCAAAUCGUAACCCAACAAAGGGUUUUACUACUAUUGUGAAAGGUUGUGAGUUCGAGUUCUUGCCAUAAAAUUCAUCCUUACUCGAAUAUAUAUAUUUCACAAUUAUUCGAAUGUGGGGUGAGGAGUUAUGUGAUCUCCGUUCACUUUGUUGUAAAAAAGUAGAUUAAGAUUUGUAAGUACUCCUUUGAUGUCCGGUUUUACGUCAGAUUUCAAAUUUCUUUGAAUAUGUAUUGGCUUUCAUUAAUUUAUUUCUAAAGCAUAUAAAUUAAUAAAGUAUUAAAACUGCUUUAAAUAAAAACAAUAAUUUAACGAUGCGUAGUGCAUAUAAUGCAUUCAAUUAUUUGACUAUUCGCUUGUUAAACAUAUUUUCUAAGUCCAUGUAGAAAAAUCAAUAACCACGAUAUUUAA